AUGAGGUUGACAGAGAUAGGGGAUAUGGCUCAAAAGUUUGGUUAUACUGAAUUCAUUUCAUACCAUUAUCGAGUGAUUGGUAGGGACUUAAAUUAUGGAUUAAGGCCACUUAGGAAUGAUAGUGAUGUAAUGGAUAUGGUGAAAUGGGUGCAUGUAAGUAGGAAAAUUGAAGUGUAUUUAGAGCAUAUCCCUGAUGACCAGUUACUUGAGCUCGAAAAAUUUAAUCCCUUUUAUCAUGCAUCAGUUGUCAUUGAGGAAAUUGGAAGUGACACAAGUAAUGUGGAGGGUGAGGGGGAAGUUGAAGUUGAAGUUGAAAGGAAUGUUGAAUGGGGUGGGUUAGGGAGGAAGAAGCAAAAUGAUGAAAGGGUUGAGGUACCUCAUAUUGACUGCCUAGAGCUUGAUGUUACAUUUGAUGACCUGAAGAGCAUUAAUGGAUCUUCUGAUGAAGAGGCUGAAAGCAAUAGGGUUAGAUACCUAGAGUUUAAUCCGAACACAGAUAUGGCAGACCCACAAUUCAAGGUUGGCAUGGUUUUUGGCAAUGCCAAAAUAUUCAAAGUUGCUGUUAAGGAGCAUGGAAUUAAGAUUGGGAAGGCCACUAAAAUUGUUUAUAAUAGACAAGUGAAUUUUACAUGGUUGUCUAAGAAGUACUUGGAGACAUUAAAGUCCAAUCCAUCUAUUCUAGUGCAGUCAUUCAAGCAAAUUGUGCAAAAGGAUCACAAGGUUGGUAUAUCCAGGAGCCAAGUGUAUAGGACAAAGAGAAAAGCACAAGAGUUGAUAGAGGGAAGCCUCAUGGAACAAUAUGCCAAGUUAUGGGAUUACUGUGAAGAGAUAAAAAGAACUAAUCCAGGGACAACUAUCAUAGUCAAGGAAGAUGAUGAAGAAUCACAAAAUGGAGAACAUGAAAUAGAUGAAGCCAAGCCUAGGUUUCAAAGGAUUUUUGUAUGCUUUGGAGGUUGCAAGCAAGGUUUUCUGGCAGGAUAUAAGCCAUUCAUUGGGGUUGAUGCCUGCCAUUUGAAAGGGCCAUAUAAAGGAUAA